CUCGCAAUAAUUUCAAAGCGUUGAGAGAAGGGAAGAAGGACCUUAUCGUUACUGAAUUUGAAAGCCCUCUUUCUUUGUUGCUUUCGUUGUCUGAGCUUUGCUUGGAAUCAAAUUGGAGUGUUUUGUGUGAAAUCGAAUCUGAGCCAUAACACAAUGCCUUGUGCAAGCAUUGUCUCAGCUCCUUCCUAUGCAAUUCCCUUUAGCUUUAGCUCCACUUCUACUUCUGGCCGUGCAAGUGCGAUAACGCUCACCAAACGGAGAUGGAAGCCUCGAAUUGAAACCAGAAGCGUGGGUUUUAAGUUUCAGAGAAAAGGAGUAGUGAGAGCCACCGUUUCUAUUGAGAAGGAGACCCCGGAGGCGGAGCGUCCCGAAACGUUUCUGAGAGGUGUGGACGAGGCCCAUUCUGGGUCUUCCGUUAGGGCCCGCUUCGAGAAAAUGAUAAGGGAAGCCCAAGACAGCGUGUGCAAUGCCAUUGAAGCUGCGGAUGGUGGGGACCAGUUUAAGGAGGACGUUUGGUCGAGGCCCGGUGGCGGCGGUGGCAUUAGCAGGGUUCUUCAAGACGGUGCCGUUUGGGAGAAGGCUGGGGUUAAUGUGUCCGUUGUUUACGGUGUGAUGCCACCUGACGCAUAUCGUGCUGCUAAAGCUGCUGCUGCUAUCUCCCCCGAUCAGAAGCCUGGUCCUGUUCCGUUCUUCGCAGCUGGAAUCAGCUCUGUUUUACACCCAAAGAAUCCAUUUGCCCCGACCUUACAUUUCAAUUAUCGCUAUUUUGAAACUGAUGCUCCUAAAGAUGCUCCUGGAGCCCCUAGACAAUGGUGGUUUGGAGGGGGAACUGACUUGACACCUGCUUACAUUUUUGAGGAGGAUGUUAAGCACUUCCAUUCGACUCAAAAACGUGCCUGUGACAAGUUUGAUCCUACUUUUUACCCCCGAUUCAAGAAAUGGUGUGAUGAUUACUUUUAUAUCCAGCAUCGAGGCGAAAGGAGAGGGCUUGGAGGAAUAUUUUUUGAUGAUCUGAAUGACUAUGAUCAGGAGAUGCUCCUUUCCUUUGCUACUGAAUGUGCAAAUUCUGUUAUUCCUGCUUAUAUACCUAUCAUAGAGAAAAGGAAGGAUUUGCCCUUCACUGAGCAUCAGAAAGCAUGGCAACAAUUGCGUAGGGGACGAUAUGUUGAAUUCAAUUUGGUAUAUGAUAGGGGUACAACAUUUGGACUAAAAACUGGAGGGAGAAUAGAGAGUAUUCUUGUUUCUCUCCCACUGACUGCUCGGUGGGAAUAUGAUCAUAAACCAGAAGAAGGAAGCGAAGAAUGGAAACUCUUAGAUGCGUGCAUCAACCCAAAGGAAUGGAUCUAAUUUAUCAGUUGACCCCUAAAUUGUAUGUUUUUUAUUGUUAUUAUUAAUAAGAGAGCGUGUUUCUCUUUUCGGUGUAUAUUAAGUGCUUGGCAAGAUGAGUCACAACUGUUAGCUUCUACUUGGCUUCAUGUAAAUCACGUGUUUUGUUAAUUGUUAGUGUCAUCUGCGUAAAGUAUGAAAAUGAAAUGCAGAAAAUAACAUGUCUAGAUCAACGUCCAUUCGUUUCCCAGUGUUGGUUGCACGCCUCAGACUAGCUAUUUUGGUAAUUCUGUUUAAGGUGAAAAAUCUUUUGACU